GCGCGAGGAGAGGAAGAAGAGAGACGGGAUGUCGCAUUUCUUCAUCCGGCAGUCGCGCGCGUUGCUCGGCGCGGUGAAGCAGACCACGGGGAUCGUCGGUCUGGAGCCGAUCGCCGACGGCAGAGGGGCGCUCGGCGCGAUCGUCGCGCGCGUGCUGACCGAGGUCAAGACGCAGAUCCCCGAGGAGGCGGGGUACCGCAAGGUCGUCGAGUCGGUGUACCGACACAGGCAGAAGAUCAUCGAAGAGGUGGAAGAUCCCGCGCAGAUCGAGGCGCGAAUCGGAUGCGGCCAGAUCGAGGAGCUCGUCGCGCAGGCGAAGGACGAGCUCCGCUUAAUUCCGAAGAUGGCGGAGACGAAGCCGUGGGAAUUCGAUCACGCCAUCAAGUCGAUCGCGCCGCAAGGGAAGACUUUGGACGAGUGACGAGACGAAGCGAAAACGACGACGACUCGCUCUCGAAGUACCGCGUUGUAAAGUAAACCAACCACACGAC